GACAUUGCUCACCAUGAUGUCAGCGCUCGCAUUUUCAAAACACAUUCGUGAGGAGUUUGAGCUGCCGGGGGAACAGGCUAGUGGUGUUUUUGCUUUCGGCUCAUCCACAGCAGAAGGACUCAACAUAGGCCACAUUGAAAAAUAAAAUGAAGAUCAGGAUGGUUGCUGCAUCUUCGUCACCCUCAGUGAGUGGUGCGCAAUGGAGUAUUUCUGAUCUCCGAUAUUGGGGAUACUUUUUCUUCUUUUUCAUCACAUGAUUGUCGAUAUUAAGUAAGUGAAAAGGAUGACUAAUCGUCGUUAACACUUCAUCUCAAUGCUGAAUGAAAUGUGGAUCUCCUGUAUUCUUACUGUAACCAUAAAUGUUCAACGUGCCUGUUAUAGCCCACGGAUCAGCGUGGUUUUUUGAACAAAAUGUCCUUCGAAAACUGAGCCAAUAACAAAGGGAAACGGCCUAAUCUUUAGUCAGUCGUUAGUUUCGGUUAAAUCAAAUGUCCUCUGAAAAGCAUUGUUCAUGUCUACAUAGGCUACAGUCGUAAUGGGAAACUGGCCGCACCCCCACCAACCUCGCUGGGAAUUAUGUUAAUUGAUUGAGACUAUGUUUAAUAUUCGGCUGUUUUACGAUUAAACUAGCCUAUAUUAUUAUGUUACAGAGUAAAUCGAAAAUGUUAAUUGUAAAAUUAUUUGUUUGAAUUUCACGACAAAUCAUGAUCUUCUAGGCCAUUUGUUUUACCCACUGCUGGGCCAAUUAAUAGGCACUAAUAGAUACAGAGGAGGUGCGGGCAGCAUGACUAACAGCAUGGGUCUGCAUGCUCGCGCCAUAUUUAAUACGGUAUUAUAAAACGAUUUACUUCCCAUUAAUGGCAACUGAUGGUGCAUCAUAUGUAUAUUGUGAGAGCUGGGCAAUACAUUUAUGGCAGCCAAGGACACCCAAUAUGUAUUAUAUCAAAGCUAUAGCAUAAUGCACUCAUAUUGAACAUGUACUGGACAAUAAUUUGGAAAUGGGUGAUAUUUAAUUUGAAAUUAAGGUAUAAAUAAUAAAUAUAAUCACAUCAUUGUAAACUCUCAACACAACCUGUUCAAAUGUUGUUGUUUUUUUGUUUGUUUUUGUUUUACAUUGCUUUACCAUGCUUCAAUAACAGCCGCAAAUGAAUUAUAUGUUUAACCCCCAAAUGGAACAUUUGGAGAUUUGCCAGCGGUGUAGUUUUUUACGUCGGUUGACAAUAUACACCUACUUAGUACAAUUAUUAUUUUGUAGGUUGAUAACGCACGUUAUAUAGGCUACUACAAGCAUUUUGUUUCUGGUCAUGAAAUGAUUUCACAUGUGGAAAAUAGAGCAAUAAAAGGCGUAUAGCCAGUGAUGGAAAAAAUACCCAAUUGUCAUACUUUAGUAAAAGUAAAUAUACCUUAAUGGAAAAUGGCUCAAGUAAAAGUGAAAGUAACCCAGGAAAAUAAUACUUGAGUUAAAGUCUAAAAGUAUUUGGUUUUAAAUAUACUUAAGUAUCAAAAGUAAAUGUAAUUACUCAAAUAUACUUAAGUAUCAAAAGUAAAAGUGAGAGUAUACAUCAUUUCGGAUUCCUUAUAGUAGGCAAACGUACGUAGUUUUUUUUUCUUCAAAUUUAGGACUAGCUAGGGGUACGCUCCAACACACAUAAUUUACAAACGAAUCAUGUGUUUAGUGAGUCCGCCAGAUCAGAGACAGUAGGGAUGACCAGGGAUGUGAAUUGGACCAUUUUCGUGUCCUGCUAAACAUUCAAAAUGUAACGAGUACUUUUGCAUGUUAGGGAAAAAUGUAUGGAGUAAAAAGUACAUUAUUUUCUUUAUGAAUACAGUGAGGUAAAAGUAAAAGUAGUCAAAAGUAUAAAUAGUAAAGUAAAGUACAGAUUCCCCUCAAAACUACUUAAGUAAUACUUUCAAGUGUUUUCUACUUAGCUGGCUAUAGCCUAUAUGGAUAAAUGUUGCAGAGAAACAGCCCAAUGGUUUUACAAAUAUCAAGGUUAAGAAAGUGUUUCUUUUCACAACAAUAUUUUAAGCAUAAAACAUAGGUUAGUCAUUGCUUGUAUUUAUCAAUUCAACCAGGACUCCGAUAUUUGAGACCAUGAGCCAUUGCGAGUGUUAAAUAUAUGUUUAAUUAUGCGUAUGAAAAUUAAACAUUAGUGUUAUGCUAAUUCAUCUUGCUUCAGCUGUGGCUCAGAGCACUUGAGACUGGCAUUUGAUCAAAUAGACCUGUAAGUAAUAUAUAUGUGCAUGUGAACACCAAAAGACUGUCAAUAAUUAGUAAAUCUAUUACAGUUUGUUUUGAGAUAUCAAAACAAUAUCUAAUGAGAAAUAAAACAUAACUUUUCUGUUAAAUAUGCCUAUAACGCCUCAAAGUUACAAUUCAAUGUAUUCAUACUGCUAUCUCUGAACAUUAUUAUGUUUUGUUGUAGUGUGAUUCAUUUGUAUGAAACAGUUCUUAAAUGAGAAUAAUAAUAAUAAUAACACAGGCUGUUUCUUAAUGUUUAAGUGAACAACAGGCCUAUCGAUACAACAGGAUCUAACCAUAGCCUACUUGUGAUUGACAAUAAAAUAGGCUAUUUCUUUAUAAGAAACAAUUGAAUUAUUAUUAUUAUUGUUAUUAUUAUAAAAUAGGCUGGAUUGAAUUGUGUGUUGUUUAUUUUAAAGCAGAUAUUUAGGAUUUCAGUGUCUAUUUUGCUAAUACCUUUCUCUGCUACCUAAGCAAUAUUUUUUUAUUGACAUCUCCGGGCUGAAUCUCAGGUUUUGUUGUUUUUCUUGAGUUUAUCAGGUCCAAAGGACCCAACCUCAGGAUCGCCAAUCGGCAUCAUUCUUGGAUAGAGUGGACCAAUCAGCGACCGUCUUUGAUGAAUAUUCAUGAUCCCUGAUUCAAACCUUUGAGCGAGUUUGUCUAGACCCAGUGCAUCAUACCUAGACUUUUCACAGAGACAAACUACAUUUUCUUAUGAAUGGAAAGAGAAAAAAUCAGUACAGCUUAAAUUGGGAUCCAUCCUUCACUGAGAUCAUAGAAGAAAACAAAAAAGGAAGAGGAGAGAUCCGCCAGAAGAGAUGACAAUGACUACAAUACCAGAAAGUCUUAAUAGCCCUGUCACAGGAAAACCCGUUUUCAUGGAAUUUGGGCCACCGAGUCAACAAAUGUCGCCUUCCUCAAUGUCUCACGGACACUAUUCCAUGCACUGUUUACAUUCUGCUGGUCAUACUCAACACGAGAGCUCGUACAGUCCAGCCUCAUCUUUUCCUAGAUCUUUAGGUUAUCCAUACGUUAACUCCGUCGGCAGCCAUUCCUCAAGUCCAUAUCUCAGUACAGUGCAAUCGUACCAAAACAGCUCAGCACUAACACAGACACAGUUAGAAGAUACAGCACCAGAGACAGAGAAGAAUACAGUUGUAGAAGGCGGAGAGGUACGGUUCAAUGGGAAAGGGAAAAAGAUUCGCAAACCAAGGACUAUCUAUUCCAGUUUGCAGCUACAGACUCUAAACAGAAGAUUUCAACAAACUCAAUAUUUGGCACUGCCAGAGAGAGCCGAGCUGGCAGCUUCAAUGGGACUCACGCAAACACAGGUAAAGAUUUGGUUUCAAAAUAAGCGAUCGAAGUUCAAGAAGCUGAUGAAGCAAGGUGGUGGAACAAUUGACAACAACACUUUAGCCCAGUUUAAUGGUCGCAUAUCUUCGACUGGCUCUCCGGUAGCACCGGUUUGGAGCUCACCGACCACGGUGAAAACAUCCGUGGGUACACCAGGGUCUUACAUUCCAAGUUACACCUCAUGGUAUCCAACUGCACACCAAGAGUCUAUGCAGCAACCGCAACUCAUGUGAACAUAACAGUGAGCUAAAAGACCUGCCCCGCCCUCUAUACUAUCAUGGCCCAUAUCAGGAGAUUUUGGGUCAACCACCCAGCGUGGACUUGCACUGUCCCGCUGCAGCCAUGCACAGAUGUAAUCCGGAGUUUGCUCCCAAAGUUGCCAGCUGACAUGUCGGCCUCCUCAUGCUGACCGACGGGACAGAGAACAAAAGCCCUGUGAGCCGAGGGACUGAAAAGGCACCGUUCGCGCCCGAGGGCAACAAGUCCUUUCAUGUCACCGACAGACACCGGAAAUUGUUAUGAAAAAUGGGUCCUCAAGCUGCUCUUAUUAUCUUUUGUGACAUUUUAAUAGGCUAUGUGUUAAAGUAAAUAUAUUGAGCUGUAACAAGUCAGUGAGAGUAGGCUAUAUUUAUGUAUCCUAUGUUUGAUUUUAAGAUUUGCUUAAUUUCUUAUCCCAAUUAUGAUUUAAAAAAAUGGCGUAUGAAGCCGCACGUUUCCAAGUAUCAGAUGUAGGUCAUGCAUCUCCAACGAAGGUCAACAUAGUGAUUUGACCAUGACCUUAAAACCUUGCUUUCAAACAGACAAAACUACCACUGGUCUACAAUGUAACUUUGACCAACGAAUGUAGGCCAAUCCAAUUAAUUGUCUUAUCAUUUUGAUGGGCAUGGAAUCGAAUAUCGAGUCCGUCCCUUAGUUCUUUCCUGCGCCAUUGCGCUAGCCACAUGUUGCUACCAUGCUGUUUUGUGUAUUAAUUUAAGUUAAAUUAUUUAGUUUUUUCAAAGUCUGUGUGUUUAUUUAAUAUGCAGGUGUGUUUGACUUAUGAAACGACAACAAAGUGUUGUAAAUGCUGCUCUAAUGCAAGCAAAACUCCUCUUCUACGACGGAGCCCCAAACAUUAUGUGAAAAAAGUUUAAAUGGCUAGUGGCUGCUUGAGAAGAGCACUAAGUUGAUCCCGAAGAUGAAAAUAUGGUUUGUCAUUGUUUGUUAUGUGUUGCGCGGGUGGAUGUACAUAAGGACAAGAUAUAAUAUGAUUUUUUUUCAGCUUUGGUUUAUGCUGUAGCCUAAUGAUACAUUGUGAAAUAGGGUUUUUGUGUGUUCAUUAAGAUGAAUGUGUUAAGCAGUCUAUAGAAAUAUUUAGUUUUGUAUUGAUCACUUUAAUUUAUUGCUUUGUUUUAUUGAAGUUAUGUACAUAUUGUUGAAAACAGUAAAAAAAAAGUAUGAUUUAAAAGGACAGUAUAACGGUGUCAGUAAUAUUGUGUUUAUAGGCAUGGUGCUGGCCUAGCCAGUGGGGUGGUGGUAACGAUUAGAAAGUAAAGUGAAACCCUAAAACAAGUCCAUGUAGGCUUGCGAUGUGACAGCUAUUUCUUCAGGACGUUAUAUUUAAAACGAAAUCGGUGGUAAGAUACAAUGUAAUAAAAUACAGCCUCUAUGGUUA